GCCGGUGACGUCAAUCGUGAAACGCCGAGUCUACCGCGGUAGCGUGAAGGAGGCCGCCAAUUCCGAUUCAAAGCGGCUUUGAGCUUGAAGAGUAGACAAUAUGAGCAAGGCUCAUCCUCCCGAGCUGAAAAAAUUUAUGGACAAGAAGUUAUCAUUGAAAUUAAAUGGUGGCAGACAUGUCCAAGGAAUAUUGCGGGGAUUUGAUCCCUUCAUGAAUCUUGUAAUAGAUGAAUGUGUGGAGAUGGCAACUAGUGGACAACAGAACAAUAUUGGAAUGGUGGUAAUACGAGGAAACAGUAUCAUCAUGUUAGAAGCCUUAGAACGAGUAUAAAUAACGGCUGUUCAGCAGAGAAAUCUAUGUCCUCCCUCCAGAAGCCCUGUUUAACUAUGACUUGAAAAUUGGGUCAUGUACACUUUCAUAUUAAACUUUUUGUUAAAUAAACUU